AUGGGUAAGCUUAAACGACCUGUUUUUCCACAAUUUCUCUUUUAAAGUCAUUUUUGGAAUAUUGAUCAAAGGAAUGAAACUAACUCUAUACACUUUACUUUUCUAACUUUGAUAUAAGACCCUUCUGUUGCAUCUUCAGGUCUGCUGAGCUGGCUGAGACAGAAGGCACAGCUGAAGAAGAUGGUCCUGCUUGUUGUAUUUAUCUCCCUGUUUCUUGAUAAUAUGCUGCUCUCGGUCGUCGGUAUGUUAACUCAUAAUCAGUGGUGUAAGCAGUUGAGUUUGAGAGAGUUGUUAUUCUACUUAAAUCUUAAAGAGAGUCAAUAACAUUUAACAAUCAAUAAUACAUGUGUUGUGUACAUUUUUAUGUAAAAAGCCUCAUGUAGCCUGUGUAAAUAAGACUGCAGUGAGUAAAUUGUUUUUAAAUAAAUUUCCAAUCUAUAUUUCACUAUCAUACACUUUACAUGUUUACAUGUGUGGUUAUCGACUUGUUGUAGUUGAAUAGUGUACUUUUUUUCUAUUCUACAUUGAGAAAAAAUACUGUCGCAACUGACCCUUACUUGAAAAAAAAACUAGAUUAAUUGAUGAUUUGGAAUUUUCCCUUCAUAGUUUUUCUUUCUCUGGCAGCUGUGUUAUUAUUUUUUAUUUAUUCGGUACUUUGUUUUACUUCACUUUGUGGACAGUGCCCAUCCUCCCCAGUUACCUGUACAGUGCUGAGCAGGCUGAAAUCCUCUCCUCUGAGAACAGUUCAGACUCUACAGUGGAUUUGACUUCUCCACACCAGAGUCCACUUCCCUCCAGGAACUUCACCACGGCCCAAAAUUCCUCUGACUCAAACUGCUCGGAAGCGGGAGCUGAGCUGGAAGGAGUGAACAUCAAAGUAGGCCUGUUGUUGGCCUCAAAGUCGACUGUUCAGCUCAUCAUGAACCCUUUUGUUGGACUGCUCACCGAUAGGUGAGUGAAACUGAUCUGUGAGAGGCAUUUAUCAAACAUUUUCUAAGCUCUAUAAAACACAGUGACUCAGUUUUCCCUACAACUACAAGGAACAAGAGAUAUAGCUCCAAAGAGUUAAACAGUACAUGUUUUAUUUCAAUGUUUUUCAAGUGGAAGAGAAACUAGUGGAGUCUGCCUUUUCACUGAUUAGGUACGGUGAUGUAGUGAACAUCAUAACUUAUCGGGACAGACAGACAGUGACAUCUCUGGGCAACAUACUGGACUAUCUGUUUCUUCCUUUUAGAACAGAAAAAAAUAGACUUGACACUAAAUUUAAUUGGGAAAGCCAAUAAUUAUAUUAGAUCUGAUAAAAUUACAUUUCAUUGACAGCCUACAUUAUAUGAAAAUAGCUUUGAUGUAGCCAAACAACUUUUACUGUAUUUCUGUACCUUAGCUUGUGACAUUUUUCUGGACAGUAGCUGAAGGUGGUGAAGUUAAAUUUAAUUUGAUUUAGGUAUUCCACCCCAUUUUUCUGGAACAAUCUACAGACUGAUUUCAAUAAGUAAAACGUCAAUCCCAUGUUAUAAGUGUGGGAGCCAGGCUUGUUCAGAUGUUGUUUUUGCUAUUCUUGGCCAGUGCUCUCUUAAAAUAGAGAUCUCCUAUCUUAAAACGACCAACAUGGCUGAAUAAAAUUUAUAUAAAAUACAUUUAAAUGUCCCCUUUUCAAUAUACUUUGCUUAUUCCUGACGGCAAGAGUACUCCUGCCCACUAGUAACAACUUACUAUUGUGUUUAAAUUUGGCAGUAAACUACGUUUUGAUUCUGAAAUGUUUGUUGUACAGGAUUGGGUAUCACAUCCCAAUGUGUGCAGGAUUUUGUAUCAUCACCUUGGCAACUAUCUGUAAGUACAUUUGACCUGUCAUAGAUAAUAUUAUUGAGAGAGAAUCAUAAUCAUAUUUUAGCUGUGUACAGUUUUGGUAUUUUAUCUUCUACACCUUCCACAAAAGCUAUUACACUGUGUAAAAUGUUAAUAAAGACAGGAUUUCACAGUAUACAAAUCAUUUGGUUAAACAAUCUGAGGUUUAGAAUCUUUCAAAGACAAAUUAGAUGUUGAAGUUGAUAAUCAUGUGCUCAUUUUAAACCUGAUACCCAUGACAUGUGUUUAUCAUUGUGUUGCAUCACUAUUGUCUUCUUCCAGAGUACAACAUUCAUCAGUAUGUUUUAAUGAUUGAAUAAAGACCUGAGGGCCUGUUGCACAAAUAGGGAUAAGGGAUUAAGCCGGGAUAUCUUGGUUAUCCUGGCACAAUUUAUCCGUGAUCCGGAUGCACAAAAGCAGGAUAGAUGAGAACAGGAUAUGUUAUGGUGUAAGUUACCAUGGAGCUUUAUCCUGUGGAGUUAGCCUGCUUCAGACCAGGCCAAAUUCCAGGAUUUAUUUAAUCUCAUCCCUUACCUCAGCCAGCGGUCACCACAAAUAGAAACCACUGCCCACUACACAAUGUUAUCAUAUUCAACUAGACUCACUGUCAUUAUCUAAACAUUUGCGAUAUCACAUUUUAAUAGUUUUAGAUGAAUGAUUAUUUCAGAUGAUUUUGCUAUCAUACGGUAAUUUAUGGUUUCCCAUAUGUGCCAUAUGAAUAUAAAUACACACCCACUAGAGUAGUAUUAGGUUCCUUUAUUGAAUAAAGGAUAAAUUAAAGCAAGUAAAUCAUCAAAACUGUAGUCACACAGUGACUCUACAAGAUUGAAAGCACAGAACCAAAGCCUAUUAUGUCAGGAUAAAAGGCUGGCAGGUAUACCCUCUGUCCCCCAGCAACACACCAGAAGAUUCACUUAUUAAUACAAAAUCUCAUUAUCACAACCUCAUAGUAGAGUUAUUUUUUUUGGCAACAUCAGAAAUUCUAAAGACAUGUAAAGGAUAAACGAAUAGGAAGGAAUGAGGAAAGGUACAUAUAAGCUAAAUACCUUCAACCAACUCCUUUUCGAUCUCCAAAAAAAUAGAGAAUUCCUUGUCUAAAACUGUACUGUAUGUAUAUUUGAUCAAAUAAACAAAACAAUACAAUUGGUGACAUUCCUGACACAGCCAUGAUGUAGACACUGGUUAUUAAUAGAGGUUGUGUGGCUCACCUUGAACAAGAACUAAUUUGACACAUGAGGCACAAAAUCUGCCUCAUGGGUCUGGGGUUCCAAAAAUGACAUAAUUAUGAAUACACACACACACACACACACACACACACACACACAAACAUACAUAAAUGCAGAAAUAAAUAUAUAAACACGUAAUUAAAUGCUUAUAUUUUCGGUUUUAAUUCCAUAUUUUUUAGAAUUAUUUAUUUAUCUAUUUCCUCAAGCAUGCAUGCUUUUGAAAAUCUUUAUUUUUGUUUUUAUUUUGUAUUAAUGCAUUUCCACAUUUAUUGCAUGUAUGUAUUUAUUGUAUGUAUUUGUUUAUUUGCGUUGUUUAUAUAUUUGUUUAUCUGCAUUUCAAAAUUUAUUUAUUUACAUAGUUCUGUGUCCAGUAUAUAUGUAAAUGAAGUGGACGGUCCUGGUUCCACUCUGAAGCAGGAUUGGUUUCCUGGGCUAACCAGACAAAAGCAAUCGAUUCAAAAUAACUAGUGAGCUGUUAGAGAUUUGUGCAUAAAUAAGUGAAGACUUCAGACUGUGGAGGGCAGAAAAUACACCACUGAUGUGUCUAGCUUGUCUCCACAAAAGAAGAAGAAGAAGAACCAAUCAAUUCCACUCUACUCCUUUGUGAUCCAUACUGGAAACUUGAUUCGCUCUGCGCGACACAGCGACACUCCUAGAAGUGUGCAUUUGCAGAUAUUUAUGAAGGCCAUAUCCACUGAUGUCAUCAUGGCUAUAUUCUUUAUAUAGGCCAACAGACAUUGCUUAGAAUCAGAAUUGAUAAAGCACUGUUCAUACAACGAUAAUGCAAUGCAAAGUGCUGUACGUAAAAAGAAAGGGAAACAAUACAAAGAACCUUCCUUCACACACACAUUUCCCAAUCGAUAUAUGUAGCUAAAUAAGAGCUGUAAAAAAAAUGAUAAUGAUAAUAUAAGUUUUUUUUUUUUUUUUUUAAAUAAAAGAACUAAGAAAACAGAGAGAAUAUUAUCACAAGGGCUCAAUGAGGAAACACAUUAGAAAUAUGUAGUGUAUGUACAUUAGAAAAUUGUUAUGAAAAAAAAAAAACAGUCACAGAAAUUAAAAAUGUAUUUAUUGAAUAAUUUUGUUGAAAAUAUCCCAAAAUACUAACACACCUUCCACAGUAUAACAGCUACAUGGCUGCAAGAUCACUCUGCAGUACAUGAGCAGCUGCGUGUAUUUCACCUGGCUGCAGCUGACACUCUGGCACGGUGAUUUAGGACAUUGAGCCUCUGCCUCGGCUCUACAUCUGCUUUUAAGUUUAUGGGAUCCUGUCCAACCUCUGUUAACAAAUUGCAACCAACCUUGUAGCUAUGUCAGAACUGAUAAACCUCAGCCUCUCUGUCUGUGUGUCAAAGAAUUUUUAUUGAUAGAAGUAUUGAUGUUCAAACCUUGACAGCUGAUUAUUUGAUUUUGAGAUUUUUUGCGACAUAUUUUGCAAAUACACCACACGCCACAAUCUUUCCAUAAAGAACCUCCUAAUACUGUUUAAAAUCUGUCUAUUUCUGCAAGUGUUUGCCAUCUCUUCAAGCUACAUCUUACUGCUGCUGGCAAGAGCAGUACAGGGUGUAGGUGGAUCCUGCUUGUCUGUGGCAGGUAAGAUAUACUAUACUUUUAAUAGUCAACAAGAUUAACAAAUUUUCUUAAAGUUCUUUUUGUUGUUUUUACACAAAAAUUUGAAAUCCAGCAUUAUAAUCUGAAUUUACCACAAAAUGACUGUUAUUUGUGUUUUGCAGGAAUGACAAUGUUAGCAAGUAUGUACAGAGAUGAAAAGGAGAGGGGGCGCGCGAUGGGAAUAUCUUUCACUGGUUUGGCUUUAGGACUGAUAGGUCUGUAUGAAGACACAGAAACAGAAAAAAGGCUACUCAAAAAUUUCUCAUUCACACACAAUGCUUUGAGUAUGAGAUAGGCUUUUAUAGACUUGAUUCUAUUUAUGUAACUGUUGCACAAAUAGAUACAGUAGUUAGAUACAGUAGGUAUAGUAAGUGAUCUUUGUAAGGAAAAAUUUCCAGUUGUGUGUGCUGAUACAUUAUAUAUACAGUUACUUACUAAAGUUAUACUUCUUUUCAGUGUUGAAUUUGUGACUCAUCACUUCUCCUUUGUCCCUGCAGCCGGUGCUCCUUUUGGCAGCGUGAUGUAUCAGUUUGUUGGAAAGAUGAGUCCGUUCCUGGUUCUGGCGGCCAUCGCUGUGCUGGGCGGAGGUAUUCUUCAAUUUUAGACAAAACAUGGAACAUUUAGUUCUUCAUGUUACUCCAGUGAUAAAAGCUUUAAUGAGCAGCUGUUACUUUGUCCACGUGUAGGUUUACACGCCCUCAUCUUUCAACCUUCACAUGUUCAAACUCAGGUAAAAUUCUUUUAUUCUAUGGGUAAAAAUUUUCUGUGAUAGAGGAAAAAUCGAUCCCCUUAGACUACGCAAUUAAAGUCCAUUGGAGUCGGAGAAAAUGAAUAAAUCAGUAUAAUUAAGUAGCAGGUUUAUUAUCACGAUGGCAGUUUAUUCUUACUUUUCAAAUAUGGUUAAUGUUAUGCAUGCUACCACCUCUAAAAAUCUGCUUCAUUGUUUGUACAGAUGGAAAAGGGGACCCCUCUACUGACUCUCCUGAGAGAUCCAUACAUACUUAUUGCUGCUGGUAUAUUGUACAUACUAUAACAUAAAAUUAGGAGUCUGCUUCAGAAAAAGAUAUAACGCUGAAAACACUCUGUUGACUCUUACAGGAGCCAUCUGUUUCACAACUUUGAUUAUUGCUGUAAUAGAGACUGCCCUUCCUAUCUGGAUGAUGAAGAGGAUGUGUGCAAGCAAAUGGCAACUAGGUAACAUUAAAAAAUUAUUUUUCUUUUUCUUUUUAUUAGUGUAUGAGCUCAAAAACCCACACAAAGAGUUCAUAGAUUCUGAAUAUUUUUAUUUCAUAUGUCUGCUACAUCCAAAUUCAUUAAAGGCGGGGUAUGCAGGAUUCUGGUAAAAAGACACCUUUUUUGUGGUAUACAAAAAAGAUUUUAAUAUCAAAAACAGUUUUGAUAUGUUUUGCAAACUCUGUUUGCAACAAUGACAGAUAGUGGAUAGCAGCUAGAGAAGUCUGAGAAACUCCCAGUUCCUGCUAUGCCACGGCCGGCCACGCUCAAAAGACAAUGAAGAAAAUAAUGAAGACUCAGGCAUUCAAAAGGGAGGUAGACCAGGAAAGAAAUGAGACCCGAGCAAAAAUAAUCAUAAUGCAUCAGAUUUUAUAGAGCUUUUUGUUAGUGACCUCAAAGUGCUUUAUAUUGGAUACAUCAUUCGUUCACUCACACAGUCACACCCAUAGACUGUAUAUAAGAUGGACAGAGUCUGCCUCCUCGCUGGGUGAAGCCACUUCGAGAACAGCACCCUCUGAUGGUGGGCUGCAGUACAGGUCAUAAAUCCCGCCUCCGCCAGCAAAGCUUAUGGGACUGUGGACAAACUUUAGAAAUUUAUUACACAGAACAUAAUUUUUUCUCCCCCCUUCCUGUGAUGUUGACAUGUAGUUAUUGUAAGACUGGUUUGUGCCCAAGUCCUUUUUUUUCUGUACAGCUCCGUUUUUAAAAGUUAUUCGGGGGUUCAUGUUUUCUAUGAUUGACACCUGGUACAGCCUAUGGGCGUUCAGGGAUUCUGUAGCUCUUCCGGGGGAAUACGCUGUUUGACCCGAGCGUCAUCACAGGGACUCUCGGCGACUGCGCGGCCGAAUGCGCACAACGCUACUGCACAGCUGUGGUUUCAAGGAAGCAGAGAAAAACCCGGAAUUACCGAGAGCUUUUUGGCUUCAAAUCCGUAUACAGGCGGAAGGCGGAACCACGGUGUCCAUCUUAUAUACAGUCUAUGGUCACACCCUGGUGGCCGUAAACUACCGUGGUAGCUGCCCUAGCGCAGACUGACGGAAACGUGGCUGCACAUCUGCACCUGCGGCUUCUCUGAUCACCACUAAACAUCACUCACGAUCAUACACCAGUGGAGGAUACACUGGGAGAAAGGUGGGUUAAGUGUCUGUCGCAAGGACACAAUGAACAGACUAGGGAUAAGGUGGGAUCGAACCGCCAACCUUCAACUUGUUGGAUGACCACUCUACCGCCUGAGCUACUGCCGCCCAGUAAACAUUGGUGUGGCGUUUGAACGGCGGAGGACCCUUCUAGAUUUAAAAAAAAAUCAAUUCGGAUGCUUCGCAACCCUUCUGCUGGACAGGUAACUCACUAAGUUUAUACCCUUUGUUGUCUUGCACCCUGCAAGAUUUCUCCUUAAUUUAGUCGCUGAGAAACUGCAAACAAAGUCUUUGCUGGUAGCCUGUAAGCAUGCAUCUUCAUUUGCACCGGUACUAUAUACAUUUACAUUGACUGAGUUGUAGUUCAAAUAAAGUAAGCAAAAUUUCUGUAACAGAGUUAUUUUAUGUAAAGGGGGCCUGCUGUGUAUGGUACAGCCUUUAAAGUUUAUCUGGGGUCCCCGGAUAUGUUACAUUAUUGUAGUUGAAGUCCUGCAAACAAAGUAUUAGCAGGUAGCCUGUAUAAAUGCUCACCAUUAGCACCGGUGUUUUGUACAUUUACAUUAAGCUAAGUGUCUAUAACAGAAUUGUUUUUUUGUUGUUGUUGUUUGUGUUUUUCUGUCAAACAUGGUCUGCUGUGUGUUAUAGCGCCAUUAAACUGGUUAUCUCGGGUCCUGGAGUACUCAUAGCAUUUAUAGUCUUUCCCCACUUUAUGUUGUUUCCAGUGCUGUUUUGCUGUGAUGUAUACAUAAUGAUUGUAAACUCAUUCCGUCCUUGCUCAGGGCCAGUGCUUAGCUGGGAUACGGUAAGCUAGCUGAGCUUACUUUUCCGUCAGUUUGACAAAUUAUACUUUGAAAUAACACUGCAUGUGACCGUGUAUGUAAAGGCAAAAAAUUGACUUUAGCAUCACUAAAAGUCUUCUUACUUAAGAAUCCGACAUGGUCGGAGUCCUCAGGUUGUCUGCUUGUAAAUUAUCGGUAAAUUAGAGUGAUAUGAGCGUGCACGGGCAUCUGUUUGUGGGCGGAGCUCGCUGGAGCAGAGAGGGAGAGGAGGAACUGAGGGAAAACCGGAGUAUUGACUUUCAAAAUUUUUCCCCACACAACUGAUGUUUAUUCAGAUCCUGCCCACCCCACCUUUAAGUCCUAUCAACUGACAACAGUCACAUGAUAAAACAAAUAAAAUAAAAUAAAGUCAAUAUUACAUCACUCAGAAAUAUGGACUCACUUGGACAUAUUUGGGACACACACCGCUCAACUCAGCAGAUAGAGGGCACCCAUGUACAAGUUAAAAGUCUCAAUUCAACCCAGAUUACAUUUACACAACAAAAUAUCUCAAUAAUGGCAAAUAACAGCAUUUAAUGACAGAAGAUAGCAGAUGAUGGUACAUGUAAUUAUUACCACUCAGUGGUCUAUUGGUAGGGGAUCACCCCUCUCUGGUGUUCCUGUAAACAUUACAACAGGUUGCCAUGUAAAAGAAACUGCACUGUGGUUUUCUCCCAAUGGAUAAAACUGAAGGGGUGCCUUCUGGUUACCCUUCCACUGGGAAAUUCCCAAAAGGAUUGGCCUUCGGCUACCCUUUCUGUAGAAAAGAUGUAAAUGUCAAAAAUAGUGCCCAGUGGAUAAAACUUACAAGACUGUCCCUGGAUGCCUUUCCAGUAUAAAAAGUGUAAAAAAGAAUGCCCUCUGGUUUUCUUUCAUUGGAUAAAACAUCAAGUACAGGAUAGGCAAAUAUAAGCCCUGGGGGCUUCAGCCUAUUCCUUUUUUCAGUUGCUGUCUGAAAGACUUGUAUAAAUGUGAAUUUUAGUUGUUCUUUUCAUUUUUAAACUGAAAUAAAGCAUUCAUUCAUCAUUCAUUCAAGUGCCCUCUGGAUGUUCUACCAGUACAAAAAAUGUAAAAGAAGACAAUGCCCUCUGGUCACAUGUCUAGUGUAUAAUAUGCUCUUAAAAGUGCCCCGUGAAUGCCCUGCCAGUUGAUAAAGAGCAACCCAAAAAAAGAAGCCUCUGGGUUUUUGUUUCCUUCAACAUAUUUGUUAAAAAAAGCUAUGUAUAUAUGUUUGUCUCACACUAUGUGUUAGGAAUUGUCUUUUUGCCAGACAGCAUAUCCUACCUCAUAGCAUCCAACAUCUUUGGUCACCUCUCACAGAAACACAGCGGAAGGUAAGAGGAUGCAGCCAAACAGACUUUUUUUCUUCUGUCAAUGCUGUCUGUGAAUACAGACAGGUUUUAAUCAGGAUUGGCAGAAGACACAGCUAAAGACAAACUGUGUCAGAUCCACAUCUUACUUAUGAUUAUUGAUACUGACGAUAUUGACCAUUCAAUUCUGCAUAUUCAGUGCUUUUUGUAUGUGUUUGUCUCUUUGUCUCUCAGUUGGCUCUGUGCUUGUGUAGGAAUGAUCGUGGCAGGAAUAAUCACAAUAACUGUAAGCCCUCUGGAUAAGGUCACCUUCCAUACUAUUGACACCCUAAAAUAACUCAAUAUUUAGGCGAUGUAGUAAUCCCAACUUUACUUGGAAUUACAAUGUGAUCAAUCUGUGAAACUCAACUCAGAAAUACUGGGGCUGAAAUCCAAUCCAAGUGAAUAAUAUGGAACAUUGCUGAAUUUCUAUAUUAAACAUGUUUUCACGUUUGAAAUUCAAAACGUCAAAACAUUAAUCCUCGGGUUGAUUGAGGUUGAUUAAAAGAAGGUUGUCCAUUUCUGUCUUUGUGUUUCAGUUCCAAUUUUCCCAGAAUAUCUAUCAUUUGCUUGUUCUGAAUGCAUUCAUUGGCUUUUCAGUCGGUAAGUCAUGCUUCUUAUUUUUUUACAUAUAGUUUAGUCACUGACCUUCAAAACAACAUGAUCAAUCUUGUUUCUAACAGGCUCAGUGGACUCCUCAAUAAUGCCCCUCAUGGGUAACUUAGUAGAUCUGAGAUAUCGACCGGUUUAUGGUACUGUUUAUGCCAUUGCUGAUGUUGCAAUAUGCAUUGGAUUCAGCAUAGGUAAGCAUUUUAAUAUUACCAUUGAAAUAAUGAUGUACAUGGGAAACAAUCAGUGUGUGUUUAUCAUGAAAAAGUAUACUAAAAAACAGUGUAAAGAGGCUGAAAAGAUAAUCUGCCUGAUGACAGACCUUGAAUCAGGCUGAUCAGUCAUGGUGUUCAAAGACUGACACCCACUUUAAAUCAAUCAACUUCAAGCUAAUGACAGAGCUACAGCUUAUUAGUGCUCAAAUGUCUAGGUCUUUUUCUCUUCUUUGUUUCUUUAUCUUUUUUCUCUUCUCUUCAAAGGUCCAGCUGUCACUGGCCCCAUAGUGGCAUUGAUCGGCUUCCCCUGGCUAAUGACCAUAGUUGGGGCAGUAAAUAUGGUCUUCGCUCCUCUCUGCAUCUUCCUGUGCAGACCAUCUCAGCAGGAGGGACAUUUGGUAAGAGCUGGGAGGAAACUUAAAUAAAAAAAAAACAAAUCUUUAUAAUAGCUUGAUCCUAAAUAAUGAAACUGCAGGUACUGUAUAUGUACUUAUGCAUGACGUCUGUUUCAUCUCUUUCAGUUAAUAUCAAAAGGAAAUUAAGGGAACUCAUGCUGGACUGAUUCAUUAGAAUAACUUAAAUUCCUCUAUCCUGACCUUCUCCAUGAUGUUGCACUUUAUGAAAAUAACACCAUAACAGUUUUUUAAAUGAUGUGUCAAAUCUUGUACAAAUCCAGAGGACGUAACACAUAUUUCUGCAGAUGUCUGAUUCUGCUCAGGACAUUUACAUUUAGUAAGACAUUUUCUUUGAACUUCUCUCGUGCUGCUGCUUUUGUUUGUUUCCCACACAGUCUGUCUUUUAAAAAAGACAGAUGAUAAUGAGGGGAAAGUUCAAACUUUGUUUCCAGAACAGCAGGAAUUGCUGCUAUCGUCUGUCUAGAAAAGCUGCAAUUUCAUAAUCAAUGCUCCAAGCAUGUCACAUAACUGCUGUACAAGGCCUCUCUUUUACAAAGCAGUACAGUAGCACCGUCCAUCUAACAGUUUCAUCAGUUAAAUGCUGUCGUACUUAGAGGCCUCAACCUUUACUUCCCUUCAGAAUAAAUGUGUUUUUCCCAUAGAUGCAUUCAAAGAAAUGACCCCAAGUAUGUAAAUGCUUUCCGACUAUCUUUGUUUGAUAUUCUGACAUGGUGUUUGAGAUUUUUGAAUGAAUAAUGCACUAAGUUUUCUUUCGCCUUGAAUAAAACAUUUCGGUAUGUAGGUGAGCCUCUAUCUCCAUAAGAUGUCCAUGCUUUUCUUUGACAGCAGCUAAAUUAGUUAUGCAUGACUGCAGUACAUUACAAAGAACAAACCAGUGGCUGAAAGGUCAUGCAUGCACAAUAUUGGAUUUUUGCCAAUAUCUGACGUGCUGAUGUUUUCAGCCUCAUUUUAGCCAAUACUGAUUCAUUUUUCUUUCAUUGAAAAAAAAACACUAAGUCUUUCCAAAAUGAAAAUCCACCCAAUGAACUAACUGCAAUAAUGUAUUUUUUAAAAAACAUGACCAAAAUAUUUGAUUUUACCAUAAAUGAUAUAUACAUCCUCCUGUCGCUAUAAUGACAGCACUAUAGAGGUUUGUCUUUUGCUCCUUUUUGUAUCACUUAAUCUUCAAUAUCUCUCCAAACAGCUCAGUCUGCGUCCGACAUUUCAAAAUACUUAAGUACAGCCGACAAAUUAAAGCUUGAUGUUGACAUUUUCAUUCAUGCAAAUACCUGUGAUUAACUUUUUUGGCUGAUUUUGAUACUGAUAUUGUGCAGAUAAUACUAUCCAUUCCUGCAUGAAUUCAAUGACUCUCUCCCAUCCAGGCAAAAAGUCAAAAAGUGCUGCACCAUAGAUAACAUCAAAGAUACAGAUUCAAACAUUAAACUCCAUUCUACAAACAAUUCAGAAAAAGAGAGCGCGGCCUAAGGGGAAAUGAGGCCACGUUCUUCCCUCAUGUACGGUAGUUUGUCUUGUGGAUUAGGUUUCGAUAAACACAAAUACUGUUUAUACAACAAUUUACACUCAGGUUUAUAUGUUUGCAGUGCAUAACACAGCAUGUCCCUAGGGUCGGGUUCCCCAGGCUUUUUACAUAUUUGUAUAAGACGGGUUUACAGGCUUCAAACAGCUGACAUGAAAGAAUCAGGCCCUGUAUAACACUCUGCAGCUGCAGGGGUUCCACAGGGAUCAUAUAUGGGCCUCCCUCUUUUUCUGCAGGAUGAGCUACUUCCUUAUGAAGCACGUACUGUAGCCCUUGCCCUUACCUGGAAGUUUAAUCUAUGGUACAGUUCAAUCUUAAACUUAACUUGAUUACUACUCUAUCAAAUCAUGUUGCAAUAAAAUGCGUAACUGUUUUUUAUUUGAUGCCAGAAAACCUGGACAGGACAUGAAAACAAGAGGGAAAGGAAGUGUUUUUGGAUGAAAGAAAGAGUGACAAAGUCAUCACCUCAUUCACUUUGAAAGGUUUUUGUGUUUGCAUGACAUUCUGCACACAAUGUUAGAACAAUGAGCUAUGACUAACCAGCCUGGUGUGUGCAGAGGUUUGUUUAUAUUUGUAGUUUUUUUGCCGCAGCCAAGAGUCAUUUACACAUGAAUAGACAAGGUAAAUAGUGGAUUAUUGUCCCAAACAAAUGGUGUGUUAAUGUCAGGAAGAUGGGUUAGGCUUGCUUGUUAAAGAGCCAUAACACUAAAUGUUGAGGUUUAAUGAUAGCAUACACUGGAAUAUGGCGUGAAGUGUCCUUUACUCUCUUUAGAAGCUUCUAUAAUUAACAGUAAAUAUAGAUUCAGUGAAGUAAAUCUUUUCAGGUUUUUUUCAUGGUAUUCCUGUACAUAAGUUGUGAAAAAUAAAACUAUCAAUUAUCCAUGAAAAUGAAACUUGAAUGAUGCGUCUUUCCUGAGAUCUGGAAUAUCAAUAUUUUUUGUAAAGGUGUAAAAAUUGUUUGACACACUGAUUAUUUGAAGACGGUUCAUAAACACUGUCUGCACAUGUAAAGUCACAAUCACAGAGAAGCUUAAACAACAAAUGUUGGACUGUUGUAACAACAGUUCAACGUUUGUUGUUGUUGUUGCCUGUUCGUAUUGAAUAAGACAAUUGUGCCUACACAGUCAGAUCGAUGCAGAACAACCAAGUGAGUCAGUGUAGUGGCAGAGGACACACACUCGACAGUACUGAUGUUGCUCGUAUGCAGACAAACUUUCAUGCCAGUUUGUCAGUCUGGAAAAUCCCUCUGCAAGCCCUUUAAAAACUUCAUAACAUUCAUAUUCAUAGCUGUUGUGUAGCUCCAUGCUGAGCAUCCCAGCUGAACACCUCCUGCCAGUUAGAUACAAUGCAUUAGGCUUUAAACUAAAAACAGUCCUCGGAUACGACUGACGUUUAUCUUUAACUGAUAGAAAACAAAACCAUGCCUGUUUACGUACAUUCUGAACCAUCAAUUGAUUAAUUGUUAACACAAUUAGGUUUAGGUUGUUCCAGAGAGGCUGAGUCUUGUAGAUAUCCAGAGGAGAAGAGUUUCACCACUUUGUGAGAAACUGCAUGAGCAAAUUGUCCAACAAUUUUAGAUUUUCCUCUGCAAAAAAAGGGGAAUAGCAUCAUCUGCCAAAUGAAAUUUUCAUGGAAGUUCAAAAGCCAGCAUUUGUGGUUGUAUGGGAACACAUAAGUGCUCAUGACAUGGGUAGUUUACACAUUUGUUUAUGCUGAACAACAUACAAAGGUUUUAGAGCAAUAUAUGCUGCCAUCUAGACAAUCUGCACAUAUUAGCAUGAACAACAGCAUGGCUCUGUAGUAGAAGAGUCCGGGUGCUGAAGUGGCCUGGCUGUAGUCUUGCCUUGUCAACCAAAGAAACAUCUGAAGCAUCAUAAGAAUAAAACUACAAAAAAUAUGACCCCAAACAGCUGAGUAGCUGAAAUCCUUUAUCAGGUGAGAACAGGACAAGAUGUUACUUUCAAAACUCCAGAAACUAAACAUUCACAGAGUGGCAUUAAAAGAACACAACACAAUAUACUUCUUUCCGCCUGCUUUGAAACAAGUUGCUGGCAUCAAACAUAAAAUGGGAAUAAAUUUUCCAUAAAACAAGAAAUAUUUUAUUUACUUCUAUUCUAAAUAAAUAUUGGGUUUAAAUCAUCGUAAAACAUCAAAUUUGAUUUUAUCGACUUUUUAAACAACUUCUUUUGAAUCGGGGUCUUGAGUCAAAAAGGACUAAGCCAUCUACAAAAUUCUUUUAGGGUGACACAAUGACUAUUAGGUGGCCUGCAUAUACUGCAUGUUCAGGCUGAAUUGUGAUUACAUGUGACAUCAAUGAGGAGGAGGACCAUACUAAUUAUAGGUGUAACCCUUCAUUGACUAUUACUGUAAUCUGUAGAUGCCCCCUGGGUUCACCAAGCAGCAUUCUGAGGCUUAACCCCGGAUAUGAGGGUGGGACGAAGGCUUUUGGACUUGAAAGGAGGAGGUUGGGUGGUGGAGGCAAAAGCUCUCCCAGCAGCAUUGGGGUGUGA